AUGGCUACAUUUAUUUCACAUGAGAUCAUGGGCACAGCCCUAGAAACUACUGAUCGAUAUACGGAUUUGGAACCACAAGGCGUUGGUGCUUCUGGAGUGAUCUGGUAUAUCCCCCACCCUUCGUACUUCUUCGUACUGUGCUCGAUCUCGGCACGGGAUUCAAUGACCAACCAAACCGUGGCCAUAAAAAAGAUAGGGAAGCCAUUUGAUAGUUCUGCCCUGGCCAAGCGGACAUAUCGCGAGAUUCAUUUAUUGAACAACCUAAGACACGAUAAUGCAAGUGGGAGCCUCAGCAUGAAUUAUGAACUUGAGUACUAA